CGCUGUACAUCGCGAGAAUUUGUUGCAGGGCCCUUAUAAAGUCGCUGCCCCACGUUUUCACCUUUCUCAGAUAUCCGUCCAGUACAGUCGUCGUACGGUGUUGUGUGGUGGUACGAAAAAGAUGGAAGAUAGCAUGGAUAUGGACAACGUGUCUCCUUUGCGCCCUCAGAAUUUCUUAUUCGGAUGUGAACUUAAAGCGGAUAAAAGAGAAUAUUCAUUCAAAGUUGAUGAUGAUGAAAACGAGCACCAACUUUCACUAAGAACAGUUAGUUUAGGUAUGUCUGCUAAAGAUGAAUUGCACAUUAUUGAAGCAGAAGGAAUGAACUAUGAAGGAAAAAUGAUAAGAAUAUCACUUGCAUCCUUAAAGCCAUCAGUGCAACCAACGGUGUCUCUUGGCGGCUUUGAAAUUACUCCACCAGUAACUCUGCGAUUGAAGUCUGGUUCAGGACCGGUGUAUGUUAGUGGGCAACAUCUUGUAGCUUUAGAAGAGGAUCUGGAGUCUUCUGAUGAGGAAGAGAGCACAGCUGAUCCAAAAACAAUAAAGCGUGCUGCUUCUAUAAAUGCAUCGAAGAUACCCCAGAAAAAGGCAAAGGUAGAAGAGGAAGAUGACGAGGAUGAUGAUUUUGAAGAGGACGAUGAAGAGAAAGAUGAAGAAACUCCAAUUAAGAUUCCAAAAUCUAAAUCUGUGCAAAAGUCAAAUCAUAACGGGAAGGCUACAGAACAGUCUACUGCAAAAUCUCCAAAGACGCCUGAGCAACAAGUAAAACCAAAUAAACCCGUAACACCAAGGACUCCCAAAACACCUUUCACACUUGAAGAAAUUAAAGCAAAAAUGAAAUCUUCUUUAGACAAGGGUGGAAGCCUUCCAAAACUGGAAUCAAAGUUUGUGAACUAUGUGAAGAAUUGUUUUAGGACUGAUGAUCAAAAGAUAAUUCAAGACCUCUGGAAGUGGAGACUGUCUCUGAAAGAUGGAAAAUAAUCUGCAUCUUUGUUCUGUGUCAACUUGGUUUUUGUCACAGAAUACUUUGAUAUUUUUGUUUUAAUAGCCAUUUUUCACAUUGGAGUGUUUGUGGGGUUUUGUUUUUUAUUUCGUAAAUUCAAAGUGACAUUAACAUGUAACAUACUAAAGUGUGUUAAAAUAAAUUUCACGAUUUUUA